AUGGACUCAUGCUCUGACAAUGGUCAGGAGCCUGAUGCUCCUGGCCAGACUCCCGGCUCGCUUUCUGUUUCAGGCGGCGACAACGUCUCCUCUCCUGAUCUCCCGUCACCUGAAUACCCAUCCGAACUGCAACAGCUUGCGAACUUCCUCCGAAACCAACCACCUUCCGACGAUCAAAUCAUCGAAUUCUUCCUCCCCGCAGAGCAAUACCGACAACUUGCGGAGUUAUCACCUGACGGUAGAUUUGCGGGAUCGCGUCUCAGAUACGACUAUUCCUCCGCUACUGAAACGCUAGCUCUCAGAAUGCCUAGUAGGAAACACGAAUACAUCAUUCAAUUUAUCAAUGACCGUCUGCUUUGUUUCCUCAGGGACCCCGCCAUGGUUGAAUACACCGCGACGCUCCGUCAUUUCGGCUGUUCUGAUACUCCAUAUCCGUCCAAGGAUGUUACGAAACUGAUCACCCGUCAACCUGAUAUCCAAAUCACAAACAUGAAGAACCCCGAACUUCCAGUCCUAGUUUGUGAAGUCGGUUACGCGCAGCCAAUAAAGAAGCUCCACGAUCUUGCACGAGAGUAUAUCGAGCAGACUGGAGGCCGUAUCCGAACUGUGAUCACACUCGAUCUUGCCUAUCCGAGAGGUAAGAGAGCACAUCUCAUAGUUUGGAGGGCAAGCUUUGGUGACGAUGGGAGGUUCAAGGAGGUAGUUCGCGGCGGCAUCGUGGAGAUUCGAAACCGACACGGCGUAAAGAGCCCCGAUCGCGCGGCCGGACUCUUUCUGUCACCCGAAGACUUUGGGUUUACGCGAGGAGUGGAAAUAAGCGCGGAUCGUCAUAUCUUCACCGUGUCCCUGGACGAUCUAUACGCGGCAAUGAAAUCGAUGGAGGAAAACGAUGCCCUGGUGAAAGCCGCGAAUGCUGAUUGGUUGAAGAGCCUGCAGGCAGGUGCGGAGGGAAUGUAA